ACCCCAAAACGGCGGCUCGUCGUCGGAGUUUCAUUGAGAUUGUUUGUAUAAAUGAAACUUUAUCCACCUGAAAUCUGAAUCAUCUUAAAGAACACGCCGUUUUGAGCUGGGCUAAGUGCUCUGUUUGCAGCCCCUGAAGAACCUUGUGGGGAAACCACAGAAAAGGAGCCAUGUUUCUGUACAACAUCACCCUGCAGCGCGCUACGGGCAUCACUCAUGCCAUCCAUGGAAACUUCUCAGGAACCAAGAUGCAGGAGAUUGUUGUUUCCAGGGGAAAGAUCUUGGAGUUAUUGCGGCCAGAUGCCAACACAGGAAAGGUGCACACUCUGCUCACAGUGGAGGUUUUUGGCAUCGUGAGGUCGCUGAUGGCCUUUAGACUCACCGGAGGAACCAAAGACUACAUUGUUGUUGGCAGUGACAGCGGUCGUAUCGUCAUCCUGGAAUAUCAUCCAUCUAAAAACAUGUUUGAGAAAAUCCACCAGGAAACGUUUGGGAAGAGCGGCUGCAGGCGCAUCGUCCCCGGACAGUUCCUGGCUGUCGACCCAAAAGGCAGAGCUGUCAUGAUCGGAGCGAUAGAGAAACAGAAGCUGGUUUAUAUUCUAAACAGAGAUGCAGCUGCGAGACUGACCAUCUCCUCUCCACUGGAGGCCCACAAAGCAAACACACUGGUCUACCACGUAGUCGGAGUCGACGUGGGCUUUGAAAACCCCAUGUUUGCCUGCCUGGAGAUGGACUAUGAG